AUUUGUGUAGUUAAUAAGAACUUCUCUUACCUGCCGUUAGUACGGAUGGAGACCUGGUUUUGGAUUCUUGGAUGGGUUCUUUCCUUUCUUGCCAUCGCUGGAAAUGGAUUUACAAUCUUCCUCGUCUGCAGCAGACGAAAUCUCCGCACCAAAACCAACGCGUUUAUUGUUUCACUUGCAGUGGCGGAUUUUUGUGUUGGUUUGAGCGUUGUUCCUUCUUUGUUCGCAUGCGACGUUACAAACACCUGCUACUGGCCUAAGGUUUUUCCUUCAUGGAAAGAUGUCGUAAGGUGGCUGUUUAGCUACUUGUCUGUUUUAAACUUGUGUUCUCUGGUGCUCGACCGUUAUAUCGCCAUCGUAAAGCCUUUUAAAUACAUAACUUUUAUGACUCGAUCUCGUGUUAUUCAAGUGAUAACUUCCUGUUGGAUAGCGUCAUUUACGCUGGUUGCGUUCAAGACCGCACUUCGGCUUUGCUGCGAGACCCCUCUGACCAGUAUCGUUGCAGUUGUGGUUUUAAUGAUUUUCAUGGAAAUCGUUCCAUGCGUACUGCAAGUACUCUGUUUCGCGUCAAUGUUACUUCAUGUAUGGAAACAUGAUCGGUCAACACGCACCCUAGCAAAACAGUUACGUUUUAACCAUCGGGUAUCUUUUAAAACCCAUCACGAGAAGUCUGCAGUAAUAAUGAUGGGUAUUGUGAUAGGAGUGUUUGUUGUGUGCUACGGAAUAUAUUUGCGUUGUAGUCUGUUAGUAGUAUUCGACACAAAUGCAUCAUGUAAAGAUGAACAAUACAAAAUUCCUGUAUUGGUUUUAAACUCGGCCAUUAACCCACUGUCUUAUGCUUUUUUCAAAAGAGACAUAAAGAAAGAGUUUAAAAGGCGUAUCAGUCAGGUGGUUUAA